UUGCACAUCGACGUUAACCGCUUUCAGUGCUAUAGCGUGUCUCUCAACGCUAUAUCUACCCAGUACAUAACCUUAAAUUUUAAGUCCGUAUUACAUUUCUAUUAUUAAUCUUAUUGUCAAAAGAAUACUCAUGAUUUAUUCGAAUUCGUAAGUUCAGUGUUGUGAAGCAAACGCCCAUACCAAGGCGUACGUGGAGUGUAUUUUUGUGCAAGAUAAAGUUAUACAAACGGCAAGCUGUGGGGUUCAGGGGCCUUUUUUUUGCCGCCGCAGGGGAUGUACUAUCCUGUGAGUAACGGCAAUGUACUCGAUACAGGAACACCGACCUUACUGCACAUGGUGGGAACGGGCAUGGCGGCCCCGUUCCCUGCGGCGGCGGCGGCUGCGGCAGCUGCAGCACAGUUCGCGGCCAAUGGGGAUCUGGCUGGUGUGAAAGCGGAUGCAGCCACACAGCCCUCCAUAGUCAAAAGCGAGGGUCAGCCUCCAGCACCACUCCCACCAGGCAACUUUUCACCGCCCCCUCAGCAAACACACGUUACCCAGAACUCAACAGAAAGUCACAACACCAGUACACAAAGCGAAAAUGAGUCGUCCGAUGAAAAGCCAGUCAGUGUAGCAGCGGUCGUAGCACAGCAAGCUGCGGUGGCAGUAGCACAACAAGCGGCUGCAGCGCACGCGGCAGCAGCGGCUGUCAGCGCCGCGGUCGCUGCUAACGCCACUACAACCACUUCCUCCACCGAGAAGACCUUAGUCCCCGUCUCGCAAGCGUCACAACCGAAGCGUCUUCACGUGUCCAACAUCCCGUUCCGAUUCAGAGAUCCGGACCUCAGAAACAUGUUUGGGCAAUAUGGCACAAUACUUGAUGUAGAAAUUAUCUUCAACGAACGCGGCUCAAAGGGAUUCGGUUUUGUAACAUUCGCAAAUAGUGGUGAUGCGGAGCGAGCACGAGAGCGUCUACACGGCACCGUGGUUGAGGGCAGAAAGAUAGAGGUAAAUAAUGCCACCGCCCGAGUGCAGACAAAGAAACCUCCAGCAGUGCCAAACGUGUGUGUCCAGUGGCCGGAAGCCCAGUCGGCGUUGCGCGGCGCGGUCGUCAUGAGAGGUUCCCCUCGCCCGACAGCGCACGCGCAAUCCUUCCAACCCAUGCUGCCCCGCGCCGCUAGCGCCUACGCCUCGCCGUUGCACGCAUAUGCACACGUGUAUUAUGACCCGUUCUUAGCUGCAGCAGCGACCGCAGACUCCAACUACAGAUUACAGGCGGUGAAACCCGCAGUGGAGGCGGCUGCGGCAGCCGCAGCAGCAGCUCCAUUGUUAAAGUCGCCACUAACGAGUGCUCAGCACGCUGCAGCAGCAGCAGCGGCCGCUAACUAUGGCGCAGCAGCUCGGGCAGCGGCCGCCGCCGCUGUUAGUGCAGCACCCGCACAGGCGGCACUCACUCCUCUUGCUGCCACAUAUGGAAGGGAGUACGCAGACCCAUAUUUAGGGCAUAGCAUUGGGCCAGUUACAGGAUAUGGGACUGCAGUGUACAGAAGCGGGUACAACAGAUUCGCGCCAUACUAAGCCAGUGGAACAACUUAGCGAUUUUAUAUCUCGAAUAUUCUUAGUACUUCGGUCAUCUUUACGUAACAUGACAAUGAACUCUCUUUAUACACGUACAAAAUUAUGAUAGGGUAAGCAGUAGUACUGCGUAUAGCUCGACGGGGCUAGAACUCAUAAAUACCAAAGUCAUAAAUUUCUCAUUGAAAUAGUUAAUUAUAUUGUUAAUAUUUUUGAAAAAAGUGCGAGCAUCGUUCGAGGAAACUGACGGAUCAGCACGCGUUACAUUUAAACGUAUUGUUAGUUAGGUAUUCCUAGCGUAGUUGUUACAUAUGGACAAUAGUUUUACUUGUAAAAAUAUUUAGUGAGCUUUGCACUUGCAUAUCAUAGAGAAUUUGUAAAUACCCACAUUUUAAAAACAUUUAAUUUUACUUGGAACAAAAUUUUAGCUUUCGAAUCUGAUUCAACUCCCUUUAGAAUUACAAUUUAUUUUUGUACUCGUACAAUACAAUUCGUAUUGUCCAUGGUGAACAUACCGGGCUUACGGUAUCACUCUGGUGCGAACCAGUGCCAUCAUUCGGUUGUUAUAGAAUAUACGAACAACUAGGUGCAGAUUAUACACAAAUGUUUCCAGGACUGGCUUCCUUUUGGAUGAGCGUUUCGAGCUAAUAAGAUUCCUUUCGCCCUUUACGUAGAAAUUGUUCAUUGAUCGCUAGUUGUAUUGCCUAGUGUAACAGUUGUAGGCAGUAAUGCUUUAAAUGUAGUUUUUAAGAAGAAUUACUCUUUGGAGUUCUUACAUAUCAUUGAGAUUUCUCCUUGUAAUUGCGGUUUGAUUUUCUCGAGGACUUUACAAUAACCUCCGUUUUAACUUUCGUACGGGUCCAACCGUUAGACUUCGUAAUUAGAUAACCUAGAAUUGUAAUGUAUUUGUAUGAUUCGCUCAACGUUUAUACCAAAGCACAAAUGCCCAUCGAUUCAUACGAAUUUCGGAGCUUUUGCAUGUUAAUUUAAUCCACAGUAGUUAAUAAUCUUUCGCUAUAUUUCCAAAAGCUUAGUUAAAAUUCAAUUUUUCCUUACAUACGUUUACGUCGUUCGGUAGCGAUUCCAUGUAUUUGCACAGAUAUUGAAAGAUUCGUCUCGUUUGGUUGUUGUAAGUGAUUAACAUUUUGAUGUAGUUUUUGAACUCAGUUCUCGCGGUUCAAGCGAUCAAAGUUAACGGAGUCAUCCUCCAUAUCCUUCUACGUUUUCUAAGAAGUUCUAGUCUUUGCGCACAAUUAUAUAGACAUAAUGGUGCUCUUCUUGAUUUCAUGUGAUAGCUAAGAGAACCGUAUUUCGUUUCUGAGUUUGAAUUCAAUAUAAGUUAUUUUUAGAAGCUAUUAUUACGUAAGCCUUUUCGUGUCAUAUUUUCUUAAUUAUAAUUUCACUCACCUUGUAGUGCCACGGGCUUUAUGUUUUAGGUAAUCGUAGGAUACGUAGUCAUGUUGCAGCUUUGAACAAUAUUUUUGUGCUUUAUCGCUAAAUACUCAUGCGUGAAUGUAUUAUAUUAAGGGUCUAAUUUAAGAUUUAUAUGAUUUUUAUGCAAAUUUUUACAUCUAAGUACAGAACAUAAGUACAUGUGAUUCAAUCCUUGAUCGCUUUCUAGUUGUUUAAUUUCGGUAUUUUUGUGGAGUCACAAAGAAUUAAUUAACGUUUUUAUGAAGUAUUUGGGAUGGAUUUUGAUGCAGUUGACCGUUAAGAUACUCACGACUCGUCCCGUUUACUCGAAUGCUCUCUGUGUCGCUGAUUUUUGUAUUAUAUUUUUAAAUCAAUUUCGUCAUAAUAUUUAUGUAAUCGUAUUUGUUACAUGGAGAAAAAUCUGAAUUUACACGACAUAUCUGACAAAAUGGUUAGUGUGCUACGAUAAGAUUUUGAAAAAGAAAUGUCAAAAUCAAUGUAUUAUAUAAUAAUCGUUUAGGUAAGUGAUAACUGUAUUUUGUAACGGUUUCUUUCUCUAAAAUGUUGAAUUAUCAAUUUUCCAUCGCGCUGUGCACCUCCGCUUUUCGUCUAUUAGGCAUUAAUUGUUAUUUCGUGCAUAAUACUAUCAUAUCAGCGGUUCUGUUGCGUCGUGUCAGUCUGGCACUGCGCAACAGAAUUGUAAAUAAUGUUAUGGCUGCGCGGACGCCUAGUGUUGUGCAUACAAUUUGUACCGUCGGAUUUAUAUUGUUGAAGUAGUGAGUUAAUAAGUAACACUCGUUUGUCAAUUGCACUCGUCGCUGUUUCAUAUUGCGCUGAUUUCAGUCAUCGGCCUAUUCGGACACAGCGUCCGGCUCGUGACUGAAUAAUCAGCAUUAGCGUAGAUCAGAUCGUAGCUGGGCUAACGCCUACGUCAUUAAAGUCGUAGACGUGCCGCCACUUCAUUUUAAAUAAAUGCACCAAGUUUUAUUACGGCAUGUCUAUGAGUUUAGUUCAUCGUUUAUUGUAGGUGGCGCGUGAUCUGUCCUUAUUUCUGCAUUGAAACGUACAGCAGUGUACUGCCCUAUUUGUUGAGUUAACAAAGAUCCGGCCAGCAUUCACCCGUCUGACCUUGACCUGUACUGAAAUCGGUAGCGUACAUUGCGGCUACCGAUAGCGAUUCAAAUCAAUUUUCCUGAAAAUGUAAGCCGAUUUCGACCUGUUUUAAUUAUUUUUAUCACAAUACUCUUAUUUUAUGACGGCUGAAAUGUUUUACGUUUUGGGAAAUGGUUGAAUAUGCCGUAAUUAGGACAGAUUCCCGUCCGUUUUUGGCGCGCGCUUGUCGCAACGCAUAUUUGACCAGUAUUUAGAUAUAACUACUAUGCUCAAUUUCCAUGUCUGUAUGUUUGUAUAAUGUUAAAAAUUUAAAGUUUUAGAACUUGAAUAAACUUGGUUAACCCGCGUUACAUGUCUUCCGUUUGGCACUUUUCAUACGAUCAUGCACUUUGGUACCGGCCGAUGGACAUAACGAGUCUAGUGCACAGCGAAUAUGCGAUUUGUGAUACGGAUUUUCAGUGUGGCAAUAGAUGGCAGAGCUGAUUUUCUUAAAUGUAUAGUUAUAUAUUUUUUCCAAAUGAAAAAUCGAAUGAAAUGAACCAUUUAAAGCCUUUGGCGUUGUGUACUCAUUUACGUUAUUAAUAAAUAUUAUAGUAUGAA